GAGACCGCCGCCGCCGCUCGAACAUGGCGGCCGAGAUUCACUCCAGGCCGCAGAGCAGCCGCCCGGUGCUGCUGAGCAAGAUCGAGGGGCACCAGGACGCCGUCACGGCCGCACUGCUUAUCCCCAAGGAGGACGGAGUGAUCACGGCCAGCGAGGACAGGACUAUCCGAGUAUGGCUGAAAAGAGACAGCGGUCAGUACUGGCCCAGCAUUUACCACACAAUGGCCUCUCCCUGCUCUGCUAUGGCUUACCAUCAUGAUAGUAGACGGAUAUUUGUGGGCCAGGAUAAUGGAGCUGUGAUGGAAUUCCACGUUUCUGAAGAUUUUAAUAAAAUGAACUUUAUCAAGACCUACCCAGCUCAUCAGAACCGGGUGACAGCGAUCAUCUUCAGCCUGGCCACCGAGUGGGUGAUCAGCACGGGCCACGACAAGUGUGUCAGUUGGAUGUGCACCCGCAGCGGGAACAUGCUCGGGAGGCACUUCUUCUCUUCCUGGGCCUCGUGUCUGCAAUAUGACUUUGAUACUCAGUAUGCGUUUGUUGGUGAUUACUCUGGACAGAUCACCCUGCUGAAACUUGAACAGAGCACCUGUUCAGUUAUUACCACCCUUAAAGGACAUGAAGGGAGCAUCGCCUGCCUCUGGUGGGACCCUAUUCAACGGCUACUCUUCUCAGGAGCGUCCGACAACAGCGUCAUCAUGUGGGACAUCGGGGGAAGGAAGGGCCGCACGCUCCUGCUCCAGGGCCACCAUGACAGAGUGCAGGCUCUGUGUUACCUGCAGCUCACGAGGCAGCUGGUCUCCUGUUCCUCAGAUGGUGGAAUUGCAGUGUGGAACAUGGACGUCAGCAGAGAGGAGGCUCCUCAGUGGUUGGAAAGUGAUUCUUGUCAGAAAUGUGAGCAGCCCUUUUUCUGGAAUAUUAAGCAGAUGUGGGACACGAAGACACUGGGGUUGAGACAGCAUCACUGCCGGAAGUGUGGGCAGGCUGUCUGUGGCAAGUGCAGCAGCAAGCGCUCCAGCUACCCCGUCAUGGGCUUCGAGUUCCAGGUCCGAGUCUGCGAUUCCUGCUACGACUCCAUCAAGGACGAGGAUCGGACAUCUCUAGCAACCUUCCACGAAGGAAAACAUAACAUCUCCCACAUGUCCAUGGAUGUUGCUAGGGGCCUGAUGGUGACCUGCGGGACCGACCGUGUGGUGAAGAUUUGGGACAUGACGCCUGUGGUGGGCUGCAGUCUGGCCACCGGCUUCUCUCCACACUGAUGCAGGGGCCAGCGGGGUCUGAGUCUUCGCAGCGGCCACCUUCCCCUACACACGACGCUUCCCUCUAGCUCCACAGUCCCUGUCACGUGGAUGAACAGCCAACCACUAAAAUCAAAUCAGCAUUUUUAUAAAGAACAAAACAUGAACGUGUGUUUUUGGGCAUUUGUGGAACUAUCCGUGGGGACCAACAUAGCAGGUCCCCGAGGAGUGGAGUCACUGCAGGGAGAUGUCCUGCGAGCGGCGAGCUGACGGGCGCCGAGACGGUAAUUUAGCGCACGAGAGUUUCAGAAGAAAAACACUGAAUGAAAGAGUUAAAGCCUAAAAGUUUUCUUCAAGCAAUUCCAAGUGCAAAUACACUCCCCUCCCCCCAGAUUUGCUGGGCCCACGGGGGCUCCCACGCAUCUCUGCGAUCAGAGCAGGGGUCCAGGGAGGAGGACUUGCGUUCUCUCUUGGGGGGGUACAGGGGUCUUAGGAACCCAGAGACCCUCCUCGUCCACUGGCGUCUGUGAGUAUUCUCUACCCCUAGUCACUGACAAACCUCUUCAUGGUACCUGUCCUCUCCAGGAGUGCCAUGUCUGCACUUAGUGUGUGGCCCACUCCAGUUGUUUCUCGUCCCAGCCAGCGUGCCGUGGGUGGACCCUUACGGUUGUCACCAAGUGAGCUGUACAGUGUCUAUACUAACCAAGGGAGUCCACAUCCUUCCCUGUCCCCCAGAUGUGCUCUGAGGACAAGACAUCUCUAUGGUGCUGUUAACACGGGACUCGCACAAGCCGCCUGACUUUUUCUCAUUGCAAUUAGGAAUGACUAAUGGAAAACCCAGCUACCAGCGUGACUGGGAUGGGAAACGAGCAGUCCGCUCCGUGGAACAGCCCAGUCCUCCUGAAAGACACAGUCUAUUUGCAGCCCAAGAUGAGCCCCUGUAAAUACCGUGACACUUCAGUAGACACCUCAGAAGAGAACUCCAAAGCUUUUUAAACUAGGUUGACUUUUAGUUACAACUUAUUUCGUAGAAGGAAAUCAGUAACCCAGAGCAGUGACUAUUAACAAGGUCCUGCACAGGUAUUCCUAACUUGUAAGUUACUCCCAGAGCAGUUAGCAAAAUCUCUUGUUAUCAAAUGGCAUUUUAAUUUAAAAGUUUUUGGCCACUUAGUACCAGCAUUGGGGAAGAGGUAGGAAUGGGGAGACUGUCUUUUAAUAUUCAGAUAUUUAUUUGUUUUUAACCGGCAGUACACAUGUCUUGUUACUUUAGGGCUAUUUUAAGGAUAGAUUUUAAAAUAGAUAGCAGCAGUAUUUUUGUUAGUCUUACUAAUGGAUAUAGAAAAAUACUACUGCAUUGCUUUUAGGGGAUCAAACCAAGACAGCAUCUUUCUAUGUGACAUAACUAAGGGACUUAAUAGUUUUAAAUAACAGUUGUUAAUGAAAAUGUGUUUUUAAUAACAGUUUAAGACAGGCAAUUAAACUAAGAGUUGUCACCAUUAAGAGUUGUCUUAAUGACCAGUGGCACAAAUUAGGAAAGGAGGUCAGGUCAUCAUGUUCUAGAAUGAUCUGCAGUAGAUGUCGACUUGCCUUCAGAAAUAAGACUGAAGGGUUUUGUUGCUCCUUGUAAUUUUUGUGUUAUAUCACCUGAAAAAGAUGUUUUCUUUCAAAACUUGCCCUAGGCCCUUUGCAGAAUGUGUGUUGCUGACAUAAUCCAGGAGAAAAAUCGAGUGGUGGUACCUUGAACGGUAGUGUUGAAUGUCAGCUUAGUUUAGUUAAUGGUUUGGCUCAUGCAUACAAAGGUGCUAUGCUGGGGAUUCGCUGAAGUCCUGAAAGGAAAAGCAAAUAUGAACUAUUCCUUGCCAUGCUGAAGAGUGCUACACGAUGGUUUUGCUUUCCUUCAGCCUCUGUAAAAUGUGAUUUUAUGAUGUCUGUGGUAGACUGAGCAGUUUUGCAGCUGUCAAGGGUAUGCCAUAGCUUUUUGACUUUUUUUUAUUUUAAAAGAUUCGUAAUGAAAAACCUAAUGUUUCACAGAGAGUGUAAGGCUGAUACAGUGCCUCCUUAGGGGUUAAGCUAGCAUAAGUCAAGAGGGAGAGGUCUGUGUCAGGAAGAAUUGGAGCCAGGUAUCCGGAAAAGGAAAGGAGAAAGUUUCAAUAUAUUUUCUUUCCACCAGAGCUUACUACCAUUUUUUGUUUUAAACACACAUAUGGUGUGCUUGCCUUGUCUCUGUCACACACAAGGUAGUAAAUGGGGUAAUAUUUUUUAUAGAGGUGGGUAAAAAUUUUAGUGAUUGGGCACAUAGAGUAUAGUUAGACCUCUGGUUAUUGCCUUAUUUUGACCACGUUACUCUUAAACGGGUCACUUACAAUAUAUACUUCCUCAAAUAAUGGUUUACCAAUUUUUCCAUUCCUGAAUACUCCUCAGAGUCCCACUUGGGGAUCACGAAGAACAGAAUGUUAAGAGAGGAUCUUUCUGUUUAGAUCUAGUAUGCGUGGGGUCGCAGAGUUGGGCACGACUUAGCGGCUGAACAACAACAACAAAAGGUUCGUGAUCAAGACUUGCCAGUUCUUCCUUCUGAACAUGUUUUAAAAUUGCUCUUUGUUAGUGGAAGUGGUAAGAAUAUACUCUCGUAGCAUUAGAUGGAAGCAGACUAUUCAUUCCAUGGUAAAUCUCUGUUUACUGUGUCUUAGUUCUGUCCUGCUGCCUAGAGGCCAUAAACGGAACAUACUGCUUUAUACUUUAGAAGGUGGUGUCACUUUUUUCUCCCCCUUCAGCAUUCAGUUUGUUAGUACCUACAGAUUUAAACUGUGGAAACUGGCCUAAGUAUGUAAUAAAACCACAGUGGCUCAGAUUCAAGGAGUUAUUUUCUAAAAUCAGUUUUCAUUAAUUAUUUCCUACUUCAUUCCUGGAUCUGGUAUCUCUUAAAAUGUAAGAAACCGGUUACUAUUAAUGAUAAACCAUCUGCUCAUUAUAAAUGUGAAGUUUAACAAAUAAGUAAUACAUGCUGUAUUUGUGUGUCUAUUGCUUAAUUGUUAAUUGUGAGCAGAUUAUUGAAUGCCUACUCUAUUUUCUGCAGUUUACUACACAAUAACUCUUUGAGUAAGUUGAUGUUUAAUUGUACAACAAAUUUAUAUUAGAAUACAAUUUAAAGUGUUUUUCUCUCUAGACUUUUUUGACUAGGGAGGCAAAGGGCAAUGUUGAUUAGUACAUUUUGUCUUGUACUACUAGCUACGUUUCUAUAAGAUAGGGUGCCCUGUGUGUCCCAGAGAGCUAGAAACCUUUGUUCUUUGCUCCUGUUUGUGGGUUCUGUUUUUGUGGGUUUUUUGAGAACAUGCAUACAAUAAAAUGUUCCUUGCUUGUUACCCUGUUGUUUAAUUUAGCUUCUGUUCUGUUUGACGUGGACAUAGUGCAGCAAGAGUAACUACCAUGAGUUUAGUGCUGCCUGUGUGCUGGGUGCCCUGCCGACCUCAUACUAUUCAAUCCUGGCAACACUUCUGCAAGGCACUGUUUUCUCCAUUUUACAAAUGAGAAAACCAAGUGGAUCUUGUCUGUCCAUCUGACUCAAAAGCACGUGCCGCCUUUAUACUGCCUGCCUUAAUGUGCUAGCGUGUAAGGAGGGUUUGGUAUAAAGGGAAGUAGGUAUGAUCUGUCUUGAAGUUUGUGAGGCCCUGGAGUGAGAUUGCUUAGGAUACCCAGGCCCCCUGAGAGCACUGAGCCUCGUGGGGACAGCAUGAGCCCUGCCCUGGGUCCCCUCGCAAACAGCUCAGUUUUAUGAAGGAACACAGGAUGAUUCAGAUCCGGGAGAACAGAGUGCUCGGCUUAACUGAUUAGGAGUUGAUUUAGAGAUCAGAACAGCAGUUUAUUGAGGGCUUUUUUUUUUUUUUUUUUUUAAGAACCAAAGCU